AUAAAAUUUUAAUAAAAAUGUUAUAUGUUCUAUAACUUAAUUAUUUUCAUUAUUAACUGAAAUUCUAUAACUAUUACCUACUAUAUGCAUCAAAUGGUAUACUUUUUCUAACCUAUUUCUUACAUUAUUAACCAAAAUUCCUUAACUAUUACCUACUAUAUUCAACAUCUCAUCAAUCUACAUUAUGCAAAGGUUCCAUAAAAGUAUGUUAAUUUUUACAUAUAAAUAUAAUCAACUGUGAUGUUUUCACAACAUGAUUUAUUAUUAGACCACACAUUGCAUGAGAUUUACUUCAUUCUACAGCUACGUAAAGUAAAUGUAUACUAUGUAAAAAUUAUGGAGGAAUAGUUAUUUUUAUGUAUCAAUUAAAGUAACAUAUUACGUAAUCUUCUGUAAUGAUCAAAACACUAUGUAAAGUUUAUAUAGAUAUUUUACCCAAACUAUUUCGAAAAUUAUUUGAUUUCAACUACAUUAUCAAAUGAAUGGAUGAAAUUUAAAUAUAAUUAAUUCAUUACCGCCGCGAAGCGCGGGUCAAAAAACUAGUAAGAUAUAUACCGCAAUCGAGGUCUCCGUUUAACAAUCCAUUUUGGGAUUUUUACCCUGAAAUGAUUGUGACUGAGAUCCAAGAGGUAUAACCCGUAGCCUGAAUAAUGAAUUUCAUCAGCAGCACCAGAAGUCCCAUCUUGAUCAUACAAGGUCCCUCCCAAUUGAUUUCUCUACAAAUAAACUUCUCGCAUCUUCGGUGAAAUAAAACCGGGUGGCAGACCUCCCGAAAUCUUAUUCCUUGACAGAUCUCGUCAAUUCGCCCGGUGGCGGUUUGCUGCGAGUGGAGGAGACUUUGGAGGAGCUCCUCGUCGAUCGCCGGCUGAUCGGAGACGGUCGAUGAUUGCGUAGACUUCUUUGGCGCCAUCUUCUCGAAUCACGUUAGUCGCAGAGCAAUCAGGCUCUGAUACCAAUUUGUUACGUGUAUUUUCUCCGGUGAGAACCUUCAUGCAACGUUCGUCGUCGAUGUUAAAAGAUAUUCGUAAGAAAGAGAGUUAGAACGAAGAGAAUAUCCAGAGUAACGAAGAUAACUACAACUACUAUUGAAUUUCAAUCUUCAACAUAUAUCAUUAAACCAUAGAAUGAGUAAAUAUUUAUAGAUAUAGAAGAUCAAAACAUGACUCCUACUCCUAUAAAGAAAUAACUAACAAUAAACCAAAUUCUAGACAAAUAACAAAAGAUAAUCCAAAACCUACUGGAACAAGGAAAUAAAACGGGUACCACCCUUCCUGCCGCUAUAUAUAAACCUUGGAUACUGCGGAGGCUGUUUCUCUGGAGAACAGUUUGCCAUCUCCGAUGAGUGGCAUCGACUCGACAGUAGCAACGAGCUCAGCCCGUCCGCUGCCGGCUUAUCCCCUCCGCACCGCAGCUAGUUCAAAUGCUUGGAAACUUGGUGUUUGCAGAGGCCGCCGACCUACGCCACAAGAGACAGCGAGCAGCUGAAGAACGACGGCCGGUUAGCUCAAAAUCGGAGUACUCCCCCAUCACCGACAUCCCCGACAGUCUCCUCAUCCACAUCCUGCAACGCCUUCCGAAUCCCAGAUCGGUCUGUGUGUGCAAAUCCGUCUGCAAGCUCUGGAAUUCGCUCAUCUCCGAUCCGGACACCCUCGCUCAGUUGGUGUCUCGCCACAGGAUCAAUCUCACCGGCAGCGCCGAAAUAGAGCUGUUGAUCUAUUUCGAUCGGCCCCAAACGCACGAAUCAAUCAUUAGGAGUACCCUUCCUCCGAAUCUGCUCUCCAAAAACAAUGAUCUCUAUGGCGACCGCUACACUUUCCAAGUCAUCUCAUGCUGCAACGACUUGCUCCUCUGCGGGAGGAUUCGAUCUAAGAACAGGUACCGCAGGAGGUUCUUUGUUUGCAAUCCGUUUACAAAGCAAUGUGUCGCUCUCCCUCUGGUCCCUCUAGGCCUCUCAAGAGGCGGGUUCGAAUUUGGAACUCAUCUAGACGGAGGUUUUGAGCUGGACGCAUCCCUAAUUGGAUUUGUUUGCGAGCCCUGCUUUCAUUAUAACGAUGAUGGUGGUGGCUGUAGCAGUAGCAGUCAUAAUAAUGUAGUGAGGCAGAAUCCCAAGUUCCGAUUCCGUGUAGUGUUCAUAUUCAGAGGUCUUAUCGAUCUUGGAGUGACCACUUUCUGCUCCGAGAAGUGGGAGUGGAAGUAUGCUAGUUUUGCGUCCCCGUCGGCCGCAUCUGAACAACCCGUUCUACCUUCCACGGCUCCCUAUAUUGGCAUCGGCAAUGCUCACUCUACCACCAUUGCUGGUAGUGGAAAUAAGCUGUUUUGGAAGUCUUCGAAUGCCAAAGUUGCUGUUUUCGAUCCUUUCAACGAGGGAGCUCGGCCAAAUAUCAAUUUGAUCGAUUCUUCUGGUUUAUGGUUGAAUGAUACUGUUGACAACAAUUUCUUGGUUGGGGUUUCCCAGGGCUUUUUGCGUGGGAUGGUGUUUCCACGCCCAGGUCCAUCAACCAACAGUAAAGAAGGAUCCUUUAGUCUUUGGAAGCUGCAAGAGUUCCAGGUUGGCCGGUUUAAAUGGAGCUUGGAUUACAAGGUGCCCAUGCGAGUACUCUACAACCUUAUCGUCCGACGACAUAAGAUCAACAAGAUCGAAGGAGGAAGGAGGAGGACGACGACGACGACGACGCGGUUGGGGGUACUGGGCGUCCACCCAAGCAGGCCAGAGGUCGUCUAUUUCAAGUGUCGUGAUUAUACUAAGAAGCAUAGACAUGACCCAUUCUUCUUCGACUUCAAUCAUCAUUUCAGAGAUUAUGAUAAUGGCGUUGACGGCCCGAAACUACCUGAUGAUCAAGCUUAUGAUCCCAUCUACGUUGUCCCCUUCGACGUGCUUAAGCAAGAGGUGGUGGGUGAGAUUAUACCAAUUGCUGAGAGUAAUGCGACCCAUCUGAGGUUCAAAUGUUGGGGCAUGUUCGGAGUAGGCGACCCGAUCGGCUGGGCUGUGUUUCAGCCUUCGAUUCCGUUUUGGCCGACUCCAAUUCCGGUGCCGGAUGUUGCAAAAGAAUGUGAUGAUGAAGAAGAAACAAAGAAGGAAAUAUAUGAAGCUCCUAUAGUUCGCUCAUGCGUUUACGAUGUCUGGACUUGUUGAUUAGUCAAACAGCGGCGGGCCCAACUGCAGACCAGGAACCAAUCAAAGGAGGGUGAAUAGUAAUUCCGAGUCUAAAUGAACAAGAAUUUCGUGU